AUGGUGACCCCACAAACCCCUGAAAACUUUGCACGGGAUGCACGGGAUGAAGUUAUCCCAACAAUCCCACCAGAACGCAGAACCCGGGGAAGAAAGGCCGGAGUAGAACAUAUACAAGCCCUAGUGGUCGAGUUUCCAUCUCUAAGCGACGGCAGCUCGAGUAGAGAUACGAGAGAUCAGAACAGAACAACAGGCGCUAAAAGAUCGAACACAAAGCUACAGGAAGAGAUUCAAGCACUCCGCGAACAGAUUGAGAACCAGGCCCACGACCCCAGAAGGAAUUGA